CUAACGAUGCUUGCUACGACGAAAAUUGUAUUCCCUCCCCCACCACCGACGACGAACAGCCUAUCGUCCCUCGAGCGAUCUCGGCUCCUCCGCAAGACGAAGAAACUCGAGCGCGUAUUAGGUUCCGCGCCUCAUUUCAUCGAUGAUCCUUUGGUCCUCGAUCUUCCAUUCACCACGGAUUUUGAGUCAAUCUCCUCGAGACCGUCAACGUCGUCACGAAGCAGCGUGGACUCUUCGCGUUCGUUGUAUCGGGUGACGUCCAUUGACAGGCCGCGGUCGCGGUCCAUGCCAUCUCGGCGGUUGAGCGUCGAGGAACCAUGGCCAAGUUCGAAGCCACCGCUUAUGAAGCUGUCAAAGUCCCCAGGGUUUCUGCCCAGCAUACCAGCGUCACCUCUCGCUGCAGACUCGUUCUCCCCAGCAGCUAUGACCCCUCCAGACUCUCCGACGACCCCAGAGUUCAUGAUUCCGACUAACAACAGCCUGCGUCGUCAGAAAAUGGACCGGUUGCGGAGGAAACUCGGUGACGGUGUCCCCGUGGACCUUGUUUUUCCCAAGCAAAGGGAGAGUGUCGUGGUUCAGGCCCAGGUGCACAAGUUCACCCCGGUGAUGCUUUCACCUCCGCCUGUGUCUUCCAAACCCCUUCCGUCGCGGGACUCUAUAUCUUAUCCUUCUCCUCAUCGUGCGGUGCGUAAGGUGAAGCGUAAGCCCGUACCGCCUUUCGAUCCUUCCGAACUAGAAGCUCUCACUCCGUCGCCCCCCGUCGAGACCCGACGAAGGACUUUGAGUUUGAGCUCGAGUUCCUCGGAGUGUAACUCACCUGCAUCCGAGUAUUCGGAAAAGAGCUUCCUGUGGGAUAUACCUGAAGAGUCAGCAGGACAUCCGCGAUGCUUCUGGACUGGCGCAAAACGGGGUCGCAAGGAGGACUUGGAGUGGCUGGAAGUCACGUACUCCAAAGAAUUGGGGUUGACCGUAUCUUCGCCCCCCUGAUUCACGCUAGGAUCAGACAAUCUUCGUUUCUAUUCGCCGUUAGUAUGCACUUGUUUUUGCUGCUCGCUUGUCUGCUUUAAUCUACGCGUCUAAUUUUUUGAUAACUACUUAGUAGUACAUCUCGAUGAUGUAUUCUUCUGCUGCUGAUCGACGCCAUGCUUUAUCUUACUACUCAUUACAAUAGCCUCAUACUCGUAGUUUAAUGGUUACAUUGUACGAGUACAAGACUAUGACUACUUAGUGGACCAUGAAUACUGAAGCUAGAGGUCUGGAUCGCCAUCAAGCUCGCAACGAAUUACUAAUGAAUCGACGCCUCUUUAG